AUGGCUUCUUUGAUCUUCAGUUUCAUCUUGUUUUCUUGCCUAAUCCCUAUUCAUUCACUCUCCACUGUGUCUAUAUCUCAAACUUCAAAUAAUCAAACACUAAUUUGUUCUCUGACCCUACAACAAUCUUUCCUAAACUGUACUAGUUUUCCUAGCGGAAUUAGAGUUCCUGUGAGCCCAAACACAUCAUUUACAGGUUUGGUUGGUGGGGAUGGCUUCAUAUGUGUUUUGCAGACGCGGCCCUCAUCUUCUUCAUCAGUCAUGACAUGCUGGAGGUUCUCUGCCAAUGGGAGUAACAUGUCCACUAAGCGAGUUUAUAUCGGUCUGGCUCUCAGAGAACUCAAAGCAGGAAGCUCCCACGUUUGCGGCCUAGUUGAUGGGACUAAUCGACUCCAGUGCUGGCAGUGGCAUGGGUUUAAUUCAAGUUCAAUUGGCAACAAAUUCUCGAGGAGCGUCGCAGUGGGAAACAACUUUGUCUGCGGAGUGUCAGAAAUGGGAGAGGUUAAUUGCACAGGAAGUAAUGCCAAAGUGAUUGGUGAAGUGCCUGGGAAGAGUAAUUACAGUUAUGUUAGUGCAGGGUCUAAUUAUGCUUGUGCAAUCUCAUUGAGUGAUAGUGGUUUGGAUUGUUGGGGAGAAAUGAAGGGUGACAAACCACAAGGGAAGUUUACCUCUCUGGCCUUGGGCGACAGACGAAGCUGUGGCCUGAGGCCUAAUCAAACAAUUGUUUGUUGGGGGGAAGAUGGCUUCAGUUUGCCUCUAAGUUUAAGACAGACUUACUUCACCUCAAUCGAAGCAAAACACAGCGUUUUCUGCGGGGUAUUGUCAUCGAAUUUCUCCUUGUAUUGUUGGGGAAACCAACUGUUUGAUACCCAAGACAAUUUCGUGGUGUUCAGUGAAGUGAAGCCAGGGCCAUGUAGAAGAGAGUGUCCAUUAUAUAGCUCUCCAUUACCAGGCUAUGCCAGAUUUUGUGAACAAGGACAUGUAGUGUGUCAACCCUAUGAGGCAGCUGAGGAGCCACCUGUGCCACAGAGGGAGUCUAAGUGGAGCAAGAAAAUGGUGGCAUUUCUUGUAGUGGGUUGUGUUGGUUCCUUGGCGUUCUUGUUGGUUUGUGGUUACUUGGUCUUCAAGUAUUGCAAAAUUAGAGGCUCCAGGAUCCAUGACUCGGGUCCAUUGGAUGAUAUGGAGAGGCAAACUAAUCAGCAUGGUUCAGGGCAACUUCAAAACCAGCAAGCUAAUCAGCAUGGUUCAGGGCAAAUUCAAAACCAGCUAGCUCAACAGCCACCGGUGUUGGAGAAGCGGCUAAGCCAUCUGAUUAGCCUGGGAGCCAAUGGGGGUUCAUUGGAGGAAUUUUCGUUGCAAGUACUACUUGAAGCUACUAACAACUUCUCGGAAGAACACAAGAUUGGGACAGGCAGCUAUGGCUCAGUCUACUAUGCCACAUUAGAUGAUGGCAACCGUGAAGUGGCCAUCAAGCGUGCCGAAUCAUCGGCGUCUUCAUCAUCUGUUGGCGGGCACACCAAGCGGCAAGAGGACAGAGACAAUGCAUUUGUGAAUGAGCUUGAAUCAUUGUCACGCCUACACCACAAGAAUUUAGUUCGAUUAUUGGGGUUUUAUGAAGAUGCAAAAGAGAGAAUAUUGGUGUAUGAGUACAUGAACAAUGGUACAGUUCAUGACCAUCUCCACAAGAUCCCAGUGUCCCCUCUAAUGUCUUGGUCCGCACGCAUCCAGGUGGCGCUUGACGCCGCCAGAGGCAUCGAAUACCUCCACGUGUAUGCGGUUCCACCAAUCAUACACCGUGAUAUCAAGUCAUCCAACAUAUUGUUGGAUGACAAGUGGAGAGCCAAGGUGUCCGAUUUUGGCCUAUCUUUAAUGGGUCCCGGGGACGACGAGUCCUAUUUGUCGCUACGUGCGGCUGGCACAUUUGGUUACAUGGACCCCGAGUACUAUAGGCUGCAACAACUAACCACGAAAAGUGACGUGUACAGUUUCGGGGUAAUGUUGCUCGAGUUACUGUCAGGGUAUAGCGCGAUUCACAAAAAUGAGAAUGGCGUCCCAAGAAAUGUGGUGGAUUUUGUUGUACCAUAUAUUGUGAAUGAUGAAAUUCACAGGGUGUUGGACCCGAAAGUGCCGCCACCGACGCCGUUCGAAAUAGAGGCCGUGGCGUACGUGGGUUACUUAGCAGCAGACUGUGUGAGCUUAGAAGGUAGAGAUAGGCCUUCCAUGACUGAGAUUGCAAACACCUUGGAAAGAGCUUUGGCUUAUUGUUUGGCAUCGCCACCAAGUUCAAGAGCCGAGUCUUUGACUUAGACUCGGUUGAGAGCAAAUGACACAGUCAACAAUUGUAGAGCAAACC